CACAGGUUCGGCGCACGCCAGGCCCGGGCGCGCGCAGCCUGCACGCGGGGGAAAGUCCUCGCAGGCUCGGCUGGCGGUGCCGAGGCAGAGGUAGUGCUGCUGCAGCCGGGGCCCAGACCUGCUCCUGCGUCUGACCCCGUCUGCUGCUCCCGCGCCCCCUGCGUCCCUUGCGCACUGAAGAAGCCGCCAGGUCCUUGGCAGCCCCUGUGGAGUGCGUGAUGGCCCCACGCAAGAAUGCAAAAGGCGGAGGAGGAAACAGCAGUAGCACCAGCGGCUCCGGUAGCGGCAGCUCCAGCACAGGCAGCAGCGGCGGCAGCAGCAGCAGCCCCGGGACUCGGAGAGAGACAAAGCAUGGAGGACACAAAAACGGAAGGAAAGGAGGACUUUCUGGAAGCUCCUUUUUCACUUGGUUUAUGGUCAUUGCCCUGCUGGGAGUUUGGACUUCAGUAGCGGUUGUUUGGUUUGAUCUUGUUGAUUACGAGGAAGUUCUAGCCAAAGCAAAGGACUUCCGUUAUAACUUAUCAGAGGUACUUCAAGGAAAACUGGGAGUCUAUGAUGCUGAUGGGGAUGGAGAUUUUGAUGUGGAUGAUGCCAAAGUUUUAUUAGGACUUAAAGAAAGAUCUGCUUCAGAGCCGACUUUCCCACCAGAGGAGGCUGAGCCACAUGCUGAGCCGGAGGAGCAGGCUCCUGAGGGGACAGAACCCCAGAAUAUUGAAGAUGAAGUUAAAGAACACAUUCAGUCCCUUCUCCACGAAACGGUACAUACAGAGCAUGGAGAAGACCUGCAACAAGACCAGGAUGAACCAGCAGGAGAACUGCAAUUGGAGGAUGAGAAUUUCCUUACAGCACCUGAUGCAGAUGAUAGAUUUGAGACUCUGGAACCUGAAACACUUCAUGAAGUGACUGAGGAUAGUUACCUUGUGGAAGAGACAGUUUUACAGGAUCAUCAUCAGGAUGUAGAAGAGUUGAUGUAUGACCAGGAAAACCCAGAUUCCAGUGAACCAGUUGUGGAAGAUGAAAGAUUGCACCAGAAAGCAGAUGAUAUUACAUACCAAGACUAUGAUGAACAAGUAUAUGAGCCUUCAGAAAAUGAAGCAAUAGAAAUUUCAGAUAACACUACAGAAGAGUCAAACAUAAUUUCAGAAGAAGUAAGUGUUCCCCCUGCAGAAGAACAGCAGGAAGUACCACCAGAAACAAAUAGAAAAACAGAUGAUCAAGAACAAAAACAAAAAGCUAAGAAGAAGAAGCCUAAGCUUUUAAAUAAGUUUGAUAAGACUAUAAAAACUGAACUUGAUGCAGCAGAAAAACUCCGUAAAAGGGGAAAAAUCGAGGAAGCAGUGAAUGCAUUUGAAGAACUAGUACGCAAAUACCCUCAGAGUCCACGAGCAAGAUAUGGGAAGGCACAGUGUGAAGAUGAUUUGGCUGAGAAGAGGAGGAGCAAUGAGGUACUGCGCAAGGCCAUUGAGACCUAUCAAGAGGUGACCAACCUGCCUGAUGUCCCCACAGACCUGGUGAAGCUGAGUCUGAAGCGGCGCUCAGAACGACAGCAAUUUCUAGGUCACAUGAGAGGUUCCCUGCUUACUCUACAGAGAUUAGUUCAAUUAUUCCCCAGUGAUACUUCUUUAAAGAAUGAUCUUGGAGUGGGAUACCUUUUGAUGGGAGACAAUGAUAAUGCCAAGAAGGUGUAUGAGGAGGUACUGAAUGUGACACCUAAUGAUGGCUUUGCUAAAGUGCAUUACGGCUUUAUCCUGAAGGCUCAGAACAAGAUUGCUGAGAGCAUUCCCUAUUUAAAGGAAGGAAUAGAAUCCGGGGAUCCAGGCACUGAUGAUGGGCGAUUCUAUUUCCACCUAGGAGAUGCCAUGCAGAGGGUCGGGAAUAAAGAGGCAUACAAGUGGUAUGAGCUGGGGCACAAGAGAGGACAUUUUGCAUCUGUCUGGCAGCGCUCGCUCUACAACGUGAAUGGUUUGAGAGCCCAGCCUUGGUGGACCCCAAGGGAGACAGGCUACACAGAAUUAGUGAAGUCUUUAGAAAGAAACUGGAAAUUAAUCCGCGAUGAAGGACUUGCAGUGAUGGAUAAAGCCAAAGGUCUCUUCCUGCCUGAAGAUGAAAACCUGAGGGAGAAGGGUGACUGGAGCCAGUUUACACUGUGGCAACAAGGAAGAAAAAAUGAAAAUGCCUGUAAAGGAGCUCCUAAAACCUGCACUUUACUAGAAAAGUUCCCUGAGACAACAGGAUGCAGAAGAGGACAGAUCAAAUAUUCCAUCAUGCACCCUGGAACUCAUGUGUGGCCACACACAGGACCCACAAACUGCAGGCUCCGAAUGCACCUGGGCUUGGUGAUUCCCAAGGAAGGUUGUAAGAUCCGGUGUGCCAAUGAGACCAAGACAUGGGAAGAAGGAAAGGUGCUCAUCUUUGACGACUCCUUUGAGCACGAGGUGUGGCAGGAUGCCUCCUCUUUCCGCCUGAUAUUCAUCGUGGACGUGUGGCACCCAGAACUGACUCCCCAGCAGAGACGCAGCCUUCCAGCCAUUUAGCAGGAAUUCACACGGGCUUGGGACACUCUGGAGAGAGGCUACCUUUCUGGAUCCCUUUGGGUGUGGAGAUCGUUCAAAUACCAUGGCUCUUAAUUCCCUCGACUUGCAGCCUGAAAAAUUCUGAGCUUCCUCCCAGGGUUAAAAGACACUAAAGGGAAUAUUUGCCUCACAGCAAUUCAUUUAGAAAACACCCUGCUGUGUUUCAUCCCAUGGCAAUACUGAUCUUAUGCCCAUAUUUAGGGCAAACACUUGAUAGCUUCCACCUUGCCAGCCAAAGAUAUUUCUGCAACACAGAAUAGGUCUGAAUCAGUGUAAAAUAAGAAUCAGUGUAAAAAUACAUAGAAACUGUGAAUGGAUUGCUUAAGUUUGUAAUUUUUCUAUGUGUUUAUAUUUUUCUAAGGUAGCUAAACUAUUUUGGCAUUACAUACCACUACUUUUUUUGUUGACUUUAAUGACAAGCUCUGUAAAUGCUUUACUUCUAGUUGUUUGAUAGUGAAUUCCCUGGUGAGCUCAGACUUCUUUUUUUAAUCCUUUUUAGUAAAAGACAGUCAUUAAAAUGGCCAUUUUAUUUUCCUAACGCAAAAGAGAAAAAUGUAUUUAUACCUGUGUCUAUGAACUGUACCAAUUCUUACCCUUGAGUCUGUUUGCUUCUUCAUUGAGAUCCAGUGUUUUCUCUGUUCAAUGUGCUAAUGGUGAAAAUACUUCAAAAUCUUACUGCUUUCUAAGAGAAAUGUUUUUACAUUGAAAAAGGACAUGGCACAUUUUAUAUCAUGUUAUAAAAAUGUAACGUGUAGAUUUUUUUAAUGCUGAGUAUUAGGGCUUGGGGGAAAGAAUGGAAAAUGUAUGGAAAGAGAAAUUCUUUCAAAAGAUUAACUCAGUAGGUGGAUGCAAGAGCAUCUAACUCCUGUCCUCUCUGCCUUCUGUGACACCAGGUGUGGGAUUGAGAGUGUCUUCACCUAUUGUAGAUAAAAGUGAAUGGCAAAACAGUAGCGCUUUCCAUCCUUUAGAUGGUUUAGCAAAAAAAAAUUUUGCUAAAAGUGUCGCUAUAAGAAUGCAAUGCACUGCAUUGUAAGCCAAUAUGAACAAAAAUGCUACAGAAGUGACACAUAGGUCACUGGAUUUCAUGCAUAGGUAGAAAAAAACACUUGUGCUUUCUUUUCCACCUAAUGACAAAGGAAGAGCCUUUCUUUAUCUUGCUUAAAGCGUAAUUCUUUAAUGUUGAAAGUGAUCUUUUUUUCUUGACCUUAAGGACAUUAGCUUUUAAUAGAAGGACUUGAGAAAUAGUUCUUUUCCCUAAAAUAUUUGUCCUGUUACAUUUUGCCAAUGCUCAAAAAUUCCACUAAACCAGAUGGAGAGCCAUGGGAGGGAAACUAUCAAAAUUACAAAAAUAAAAAGGCAUUUGUGUUCUUCAGUAUUUAUUAAACAGAGGAAAUGACUGACAAAGGGCAAUACAAUUCAGUGUUCAUGUAGUAACAUUCAUGUCACUUAUUGAAUUUGGUUUCCUAUGUAUAUUGCAUACACAUAAAGAAAUUCAAACCAUAAGUUCUCAUUUGUUGAACCAUCAUCUUACAUUCAUUUAAUAAAAUUGUGGAAAAGAGUAAAAACUAACUCUUAACUUGCAAAUAUAAUGUGGUAUUUAAAAUCGGGUCACUACAAUAGGAUUCUAAAUAUUUCCAAAUGAAAAGCCAGAAGUAGUAGUACUAUUGCAAAAGACUGUCAAUAACUGACUCCAAUAGCCUUUUUAAUAUUUGUAUCCCACAUCUGUUUUAUAAACCCAAGCAAUAAAAUGGACUUUUUCAUCAUUUCAGUUCUUCCUUUCCCUUGCCUGUAUGUUGGAACAUAAGAAAAGUAUUUCAGCCACUGCAUUAAUAGAAUUAUUUUAAUGUUAUUAUUUUGGAUUUGAAAUGUCUACACAAAAUGAGUAGGUUUUAUUUAUGCUGUGAUACAAUUAAGACAUUUUUAAUUGAUUUAAUUUUAUUUCUUCUUCAAGGGUGAAAUAUAAAAGUGACUUGUUAUUAUUUUCUCUCAGUAGAAAAAAAUUAAAACAUUAGAUCCAUUGAGAAAGAGUGUAAUACAUGGUUACAAUUAACAGUAUCUAUUGGGAGUGAUUAUGGCCAGCUGAAUUGCUCACCUCUCCUUUGAAUUGUUCAGCUAACAAAUCCACCCUCCCAAAUAUUUCCCAGAUAUUUAAAAUGCAAAAUUAUUUCACUUGCCCAUUAUCAACUAAAAUAUUUUUAUUUGACACUGAGCAUUAACUUGACCUACUAAUUAAUGCCAAUGUCAUGCAGAUCAAAUCAGAGAGAUCUAAAAAUAUACAACUGGUGUUGUAAAACAUGGCACAAAUAAGGAUAUCAUAUUCUAUGAUAUCUGUUCAUUUUAUAUCUGAUUUCCUUUGAAUGGGUAGUUGGGGAUUCCAUUUCUAUGGAGAAGAGAUAAAGAAAUAAAAUUAUCUUUGGCAUUUCA